GUGUGCGUAAUGACAUCACAUCACGUCGUAAGAUCCCGCCUCUUAGUACGUCACUUUCUCAUUUCUACAGUUGUUCUGUCAGCGGAACGUUUACGCUGAAUUACACUUGAACCGGGAUAAAGGACACAAAGAUGACCUCUCGGAUUAUGCAAGUGGCUCGAUGCCCAACAGACGACCUGUCGCUGACCAACUGUGCCGUCAUCAAUGAGAAGGAGCCACAGUUUGAACAACAUGUGACUGUGCGCAAUUUAGCCCACAAGUAUGUGUUCACCUUGAAGACGCAUCCCAGUGUUAACUCCGGCACCAUUGCCUUCAGCCUGCCACAGAGAAAAUGGGCCGGCCUAUCGAUUGGACAAGAGGUUGAAGUAACAAACUACAAGUUUGACAAGUCCAAACAGUGUAUAAGCACCAUGAUAGUGGAAAUCGACUUCCUGCAGAAGAAGAACGUGGACAGCAACCCCUACGACUCGGACAACAUGGCCAGCGAGUUCAUCCAGCACUUCAACAACCAGGCCUUCAGCGUCGGCCAGCAGCUGGUGUUUAGUGUCUGUGAUAAGCUGUUUGGCUUGCUGAUAAAGGAUAUUGAGGCCAUGGACCCCAGCAUCCUAAAGGGAGAACAUGCCUCUGGCAAGAAACCGAAGAUUCAGAUCGGUUUGUUGCUGGCAAACAGUCAGGUGAUUUUUGAGAAGUCAGAGAGCUCAUCUAUGACUCUGGUUGGGAAAGCCAAGACCCGAGAGUCUCGCCAGUCCAUCAUAAGCCCAGACUGGAACUUUGAGAGGAUGGGUAUUGGCGGCCUCGACAAGGAGUUUUCUGACAUCUUCCGUAGAGCCUUUGCUUCCCGAGUCUUCCCUCCUGACAUAGUAGAACAGAUGGGCUGUAAGCAUGUGAAGGGAAUCCUGCUGUAUGGACCCCCAGGCUGCGGUAAAACCCUGAUGGCACGACAGAUUGGCCAGAUGCUCAAGGCCCGGGAGCCAAAGAUCGUCAACGGCCCCGAGAUUCUCAACAAGUACGUCGGAGAGUCUGAGGCCAACAUCAGGAAGCUGUUUGCAGACGCAGAGGACGAACAGAAGAGGCUCGGCGCUAACAGCGGCCUUCACAUCAUCAUAUUUGAUGAGAUUGACGCAAUCUGUAAACAGCGUGGCAGCAUGGCAGGCAGCACAGGAGUCCACGACACCGUAGUCAACCAGCUGCUGUCCAAGAUAGAUGGAGUGGAGCAGCUCAACAACAUCUUGGUCAUAGGUAUGACCAACAGGCCUGACUUGAUAGAUGAGGCCUUGUUGAGGCCAGGAAGACUGGAGGUGAAGAUGGAGAUCGGGUUACCGGAUGAAAAGGGACGAAUUCAGAUCCUCCACAUCCACACAGCAAAGAUGCGUCAGUACAAACUGCUGGGCAGUGACGUAGACAUUAAGGAGCUGGCCGUGGAGACUAAGAACUUCAGUGGUGCAGAGCUGGAGGGCCUGGUCAGGGCUGCACAGUCCACUGCCAUGAACAGACAUAUCAAGGCCAGUAACACAGUGGAGGUAAACACUGAGACGGCAGAGAAGCUGCUGGUCAGCAGACUUGACUUCAUGGCCUCACUGAAUAACGACAUCAAACCUGCGUUUGGUACCAAUCAGGAGGAGUACGCCAGCUACAUCAUGAACGGGAUAAUCCGAUGGGGUGACCCGGUGUCAGCGGUCCUCGAGGACGGGGGGCUCCUGGUGCAGCAGACGAAGAACAGCGACCGCACACCGCUUGUCUCUGUGCUGCUUGAGGGCCCACCGAACAGUGGGAAAACAGCGCUGGCUGCUAAGAUCUCUGAAGAGUCCCAGUUCCCCUUUAUCAAGAUCUGCUCCCCCGACAAGAUGAUCGGACACUCAGAGAUAGCCAAAUGCCAAGCCAUCAAAAAGAUAUUUGAAGAUGCCUACAAGUCCCAGCUGAGCUGUGUGGUGGUGGAUGACAUUGAACGUCUGUUAGACUACGUCCCAAUCGGCCCCCGUUUCUCCAACCUAGUGUUACAAGCUUUACUGGUGCUGCUGAAGAAGCCUCCUCCAAAGGGUCGUAAGCUACUGAUCAUCGGCACCACAAGUCGUAAAGACGUCCUCAAGGAAAUGGAGAUGUUGGAUGCUUUCAGCACCACCAUCCACAUUCCCAACAUCUCAAGCGGACAGCAGCUAGUCGAGGCCCUGGAGCUGCUGGGCAGUUUUCAGGAGGUAGAGCGGGCGAGCAUAGCUAAAGCUGUGAAGGACAAACAUCUGUGGAUCGGCAUAAAAAAGUUGCUCAUGCUGAUUGAAAUGUCCGUGCAGAUGGAUCCUGGCUACAGAGUUAGCAAGUUCCUGCGUCUACUGAGCGAUGAAGGAGCACUGGGUUCUGAUAAGUUUAUGCCAAUCUAGACUCGGUGGAGCCACAUAGUGAAAAAGAGGCAUCCUUCAACGUUGCUGAGGAACGGAAGCCUGAAAGAGGCUGGCAGGAGGAAGCAAGCGAGAGAUAAUUUCCAUCUCUCUCUCUGCAUCCUUCCUUCCCAUCCCUGAAGCUCUGUGCGCUUCUCUCUGCACUGCAGCUUUCUGCAGCAGCAACCAGCCAGGCAACCCCCUCCUCUUCAGCACUAUGUGAACAUGUAAAAUAAGAGAAAUAAGCGGUGUUUGUUGUAUCUGUGUAUAUUGCAUUUCCUGAAGACCAAUGCUGUAAUCUCUAUGUGAUGCCCCUAGCACUCCAUUGGGAUUUUAUAUAUAAAAGAGUCCAGGCAAAAGAUAGAUUACCAUGGCAAGUAGAUGUGCAUGCACAAACACUAAUCAAAACACUGUUUGUUUAUAUGUAUUGUUGUGUAUGCACAGAUGUGUAAUCUGAUCAUUCCACUGACACGGUGGCUCCGUAACUUAAAGAUCUCACUUUGUUCUUAUCAUUUUGUGUACUUGCUUGUGCCUGACCUUUUUAUGAAUAAAUUAAUUCUAUUACUAACAAGAAA